AUCAGAGAUGUGGGAGGGGAAAUGCAAGGCGCAAGAGCAUAGACGAAAGAGGCGAAACUCCGAGGAGCAUCAUCAAGAGGGGACUUGUGCUAACUGCUAACGUGAGGAGGCGUCUGAAGAUAGAGAAUGGGGAAGACGCCGGUAAGGAUGAAAGCGGUGGUGUAUGCUCUGUCGCCGUUCCAGCAGAAGGUGAUGUCGGGGUUGUGGAAGGAUUUGCCGAGUAAGAUUCACCAUAAGGUCUCUGAGAACUGGGUCAAUGCCGCUCUCCUUCUUACACCCCUCGUUGGGACAUAUACGUAUGUCCAGAACUACAAGGAGAAGGAGAAAUUGGAACACAGAUACUGAAGCCUUGCAUUGUUUCUCGUUUCUAGUUUAAUGGAAGAAGUUUGGGUUCUUGGUAUGCAAGUCAUGGAUCAUGAUACAAUAGUAGUUCGUGUUUUUCCACCUGGCCAAUCUGAAUUUUUGAGAGUUCCAAACAAACGAUGUUUAUUUCCUCUUCAAGUUCCAAACAAUAGUAGUUCGUAUUGAUGUUUAUGACAUCUUGUAAUAUCCAUCGUAUUCAGCAGCAACUCCUAUUUAUUGGAGUAGCCAAUAAGCACCUCUUUGAAUGGCUGUAACUGAACAAUUGCUCCGCGUGAAAUAGUUGGAUUGUCUUGCUUA